AGAGAGAGAGAGGAGAGCCAGUGGGGAGGAGGAGGAGGAGGAGGAGGGGGAGGAGGGGUGGCGAAAGGAGAGAGGAACAGACAUGGCUACUAAAGAGAUCACCGCCUCUGGUUUCGUAAGUGUGAGCAAGGAUAUCACAGAAAGCAUCAGGAAGACUAUUGAUAAAUCAUCCAUCAAGUUUGUUCAUGGCAUAAAGCUUGACACCAAAAAUGGCAAAACAGAGGACAGAAUACUGGUCCUCACAACAUGGCGUCUCUAUUUCCUGCCGCCAAAGAUUCCUGCUAAGGUAGAAACCACAUUCAACUUCUUGGAGAUUCGAGCUUUGAAUUCCCACCCUGAGCACCAGGUUAUUAUCGACACUGACAAGUCCAGCUACUCCCUGAGGUUUGAGUCACGCGAACACCUCAAUCAUGUGGUCAGCCAUAUUAACUUCGCUCUGUCUAGAAUAUUCAACAACUCCAUUUUUGCCCCUUCCAUCUGUCAUUCAGACAGUGACCUUUCUGAGGGCAGCAGGAAGUUUUCACCGAGCUCAGAGACUUCAGUGGAAACCCAGAGAGCCUGUGGAGGCUUCUCAGAGACGUACUCCGCUCUGUGCGACUAUAAUGGCAUCAGCUGCAAGGAGGAAGUGCAGUGGGAUGUGGACACCAUCUAUCACUCCCAGGACAACCGAGAGUUUAACCUGCUGGACUUCAGCCACCUGGAGGGCAGGGAUUUGGCGGUGAUUGUAGCAUCAAUGGCAUACAACACCUGGUUCACUAAACUGUACUGCAAAGACCUGCGCAUAGGGUCAGAGGUCACAGAGCAGGUCCUGCACACGGUCAGCAAAUCCUCCAGCCUGGAGGAGCUCACUCUGGAGAACGCUGGGUUAAAAUCAGACUUUCCACAGAAGAUGUCAGCAGCUCUUUCAGAGAACCCUGCUUCUGUCAUCCACUCGCUCAACUUGGCCCACAACUCACUGGACAACCAAGGUGUGUCCAACUUAAUCCAACAGGUGUGUCGCCUCAGCAAGGGGCUUCGUCUCCUCAACCUCUCCAAGACCUCGCUCACCUCCAAAGGAGUGGUGUCUCUCUCUCAGGCUCUGUGCUCCAGCGAUGAGUACUCCAACUCUCUCCUGCACCUGGACCUGAGCAAGAACCCCGGCGUCCUCUCGGGGGAGGAUGCCUCGAACUUGUAUCUCUUCUUGUCUCAGCCCAACUGUCUGGUCCAUUUGGAUCUGUCAGGCACAGACUGCUCCGUGGACUCGCUAUUUGGGGCUCUUCUGAGGGGGUGUUGUGCUGAUCUUUCCUUUCUGAAUCUUUCCAAAAAUUCCUUCUCCCACAGAAAAGUGAAGGACACGCUGCCGCUGUUCCGUCAGUUCUUCAGCUCGGCCUUCAGCCUGACUUAUGUCAGCCUGGCCUCUAUGAAGCUGCCCCCUGAUGUUCUGAGGGCUCUCCUAACAGGGUUAACCUCCAAUCCUCAUAUCAAUGACCUUCAUCUGGACAUCAGUGGCUGUGAGCUGAGGUCUGCAGGAGCUGCUGUAAUCCAGGAAUUCUUCCCCAGAGUCUCCUCUAUCGCCACUCUGGAUAUCUCAGACAACGGUCUCGAUGCAGACUUGCUCACAGUACUGCCUGCUCUCUCCAGACACGCCUCCCUCAAACACCUUCAUCUGGGCAAGAACUUCAACAUCAAAAACAGGGUUCUGGAUGAAGUCCUGCAGAAGCUGGUUCAACUAAUACAGGAGGAGGAAUGUGCCCUGCAGUCUCUGUCCCUGACCGACUCGCGCCUGCGCUCUCGGGGCACCGUGCUGGUCAACGCCCUAGGCAGCAACACCUGCCUGAGAAAAGUGGACCUGAGCGGGAACAACAUGGACGACAUCGGGGCUAAGAUGCUGAGCAAAGCCCUGCAGAUCAACACCACGCUCAGGAGUGUGACAUGGGAUCGCAACAACACCUCCGCAGCAGGAUUUCUAGAUGUGGCCCGAGCACUUGAACAUAAUUUCACCUUGCAGUACAUGCCUCUACCCCUAAGUGACAUCAGCCAGGCAUACCGCAGCGCCCCUGAGAGGACAGAGCAGGCACUGACCAAGAUCCAGCGCGCUCUGGUGAGGAACAACCAGACCCAGCGCUUCUCUCAGAGGCAGGCUCUGCGGCUGCACCAAGGCCUGGUCACGAGCACUGCCGAACAGGUGAUGGAGCGCCUCUGUGUGCGUGUCCAGCAGCAGGUGUGUGUGUUACGAGGUGUUGGAGAGAUGGAGGAGAUUCAAGCUGCUAAACAAGUGCUAAAAGAGGCCAGGAACUCCCGCGCUCUGUACCCUUCACUGUGUGAGCUGGCUCAUGUGCUGUCUGUGGACGGGCCGGUGCGGCAGAGACUGGACUCUCUGGCUGGUGAACUCGCCAAAGCUGCGGACAAGGAGCUUCAGGUCAUCGUCGACUCAAUGGUGUCUCUCUGUCGCGAGCUCUGCCCUUUAUCUUCUUCUGCGGCGGAGAGGUUGAGUCCUCCGCUGUCGUCCGUCUCUGAGCGCGUGUCCAUCCCUCGUUCUGCCAUUCGGACAGCUCUGAUGGAAAGAGCGGCGCAGGACAUUCACCGAGCCUUAGAAGAGGUGAAGCUGUCAGUGGUUUCCUAUCUCACCAACUCCAUCGUGGACCAAAUCCUGCAGGAGCUCUACGCCACCCAUAAGACCCUGACUCGGCAGGUGUCUCAUCUUAAACGCUGGGAGGGGACAUGUGACGAUGGGACAGGCUGGAGGUUUAACAGACACAGAGACUCUCUGGACAUAACAGAUGAGGAGCUCAGCACCAGCAUAGACACAAUAGCCAUUAAGAAGCGCAGCUCAAGAACAAGACGAAUACGGCCUGUCUCCACCAGGCUGAGUCUGUGUGACGACUCCAGCUCCUCUCCUCCCCCCUCCGUGCCAUCAUACUCCUCGCCACUAUCCCGCUCGGCGUCCUGGGAGGGCCUGUCAGAGCUGCCUACACAGGGUCUGCCUCUCCAUCAUGUGACGCGGGUUCGGCCGAGGCCCCCGCGGAGGCACAAAGGAGGGCACAUCCCUGCUGAGAUACAUUGCAGUGAAAAUGGAGGAAUAAGCCCUCUGGAUGAUGGACUUCCAGAUUUCUAUACUAAAAGAGUGCUCCCUGACAGUCAGCUCUCCUCUCUGCACAAAGCUCACUCACUGAGGAGGAAGAAGAGGAGAAACAUGCUGGCCAUCUUCGGUUUCCGCAAAAACCGCAACCAAACUUUGUCCAAUCAGGGGCCGGAGUCUGAAGCAGAGGUUCACGGAGAUGGGUGUCACACUGUUGCUACAGCACCCACAGGGACAGCCACAGAGAAUGUGUACACACUCCUUCAGCCUCCGAGGUCCGCUGCCAGAGCUGGAUCUCCCGGCGAGGGGGCUGAGGGGAGAAGAAACGAUCACCAGGGGAAAAGUAGUCUCGUUAUGAGUCCACCACCAGUGCCGGGCAUCCCUCACCCGGACAUGGGAGGAAGCAAACACCCCUUUUAUUCUCCCAGAGAGAAAUCCGAAAUGGAUGCUGUGUUUGAACAGCCGGUAGAGACAGACAUGUACUGGGUGGACGACAAACAGAGGCCAACAGAGGUUCUGCAAGCAGACAAGCCGUGGAUGGAAGCGAAGCAGAGUGAUCAACAUGCGGAGAGACAGCGGUUUGACAACAGGCUGCAAGAAAGAAGUUUUGGCGACCCGAGGACAACCGACAGACAAACAGACAGGUACUUGACUGAGAGUAGACACCCAGACAGACACAUGGACAGACAGUGGACUGUUGACAGACACACGCAGCGGCAGAUUGACAGAAAGAUAGAAAGACAGUGGAUGGGCGGCAGACAGAUAGACAGGUCAUGGUCGGAGAACAGGCCGACAGACAUACAGGUGGACAAUCAGUGGACUGAGAGCAGACACCCGAGCAGAAAGACAGAGAGACAAAUGCAGGCGCUUCAUUUGGCUCAAAGGCCGCUGCCUCCGUACCCGUCAGACAGGACGCCUUCGCCAAAACAGGAAACAGAUCCUCUGAAAAGCACAGAGGCAGCAGCUACAGACUGGCAUCAGCAGGACACGCAGGGAGACAGACAGAUGUGUCCCGACACUGGUGGAGGGUUCACGGAGGGAUGGAGGAGCAGCGGCGGAGGAGGAGGUCGAGCUGCUCCCUGUGCAUCUAAACCCAAUCCCCCGCCGCAAAGCAGUAAACCCAACCUGUCCAAACUGAGGCAGAGACAUCGACUCGAGAGCUCAGACGCUCUACCAGGUACAGAGGAGGAAGGAGAGACAGAGAAGGAUCCUGGAAAGAUGGAAAAGAAAGAGAGAGAAAAAAGAAGAGACUCGGAGGGUCAACCUCCUCCGAUUCCAGAAAAGCCAAAGACGUCCUCGUAUGUGACUUUUCCAAAAGAAUCAGCCAAUGAGAGGAAUUUACCUCCUCCUCCUGUGCCACCUCCUGUUAACAAGCCUGUGCAUGGAUUACCAGACAGAGCUGCAAGUCAAGGUGAUGAAGGAUUGAGACCUCAGGCACCAGUGAAACCACAGAGAAACAGAAAGGCCAUGUCUUGUGACGCAGGCACUGACAGGGAAAGCCCUAAUAACGUUGAGAAGCCCCCAAAUCGCAAACCCCCCGUGAAAAAACCUAGACUACCCCAAAACAGAAAUAAGUCACUGGACUUGUCUGACAGCCUCAACUCAGCCCCUGGUCACAGCGAGCUGUUGUGAUGCCCAAGAAAUUCACCUGCCGCUGUCAGGCUGAAGCGUUGUCAUGACAACUGUGGAGCAUUUCACUCAACGAGGAAACAAAGAAAAACAUAUGAGAAGGGGAGAGCCCGAGAGAAAAAAGAGAAAACAGCGCAACAUGACAGACAUCAUAAAGCAUCAGUUCUGUUGAAACACUCACUUUCCUUAAUGUCACUUUCCUUCCUCUUCACCCUGACUGUGUUUCUGUCUUUGCUUUCCUCUCACAUGAAAACCUGUUCUACUCUAUUUGUGGCUACGGUAUUUUAACAGUAUUUGCUACUUUAGAAAACCCAAAUGAUCAUUGUCUUUUGUGUUGGUGGACGGUGGGCUGAGUGUUCGAGCAUUGUGGCUUUGCUAGACAGAAAAAAAAUGUCUUUAUUAGAAUGUGAUUUCUUAAAUCUGCAAUGCAUUUUUGACUGCUGAUACAGUUGAUUGCCUUGGUUGACACUUGAAAAUGAGUUGCUUCUUAUCAGAUGAAACUUGAUGAUUUAUAUCUAGUUUUGCUUUCAGGAACUGAAACGUUAAUAUAUUUUAUAGAAAAAAAUAAAUAUUAUGUAUGAGCACCCUCACUGUAUGAAUAAAACACUAAUGGAAAACAA